UGACCCGGUCGUUAUUUAUUUUGAAGCGCGCACGUAUGUGUUGACCCGGAAAUCGUUGUGAUCCACGUGAGCUUGGUGAAUCGUAGCGUAAACGAACGCUCCGACAAAAGCAUUUGAAAUAAUCUUUUCCCCGAACCUGAAGCCAUGAGUUUGUUAACAAAGCCCAAGUCAGAGAUGACCCCUGAAGAGCUCCAGAAACGUGAGGAGGAGGAGUUCAACACUGGGCCCCUGUCUGUGCUCACUCAGUCAGUGAAGAACAACACACAGGUCCUCAUAAACUGCCGCAACAACAAGAAGCUGCUCGGGAGAGUCAAGGCUUUUGACAGGCAUUGUAACAUGGUGUUGGAGAAUGUCAAGGAGAUGUGGACCGAAGUUCCCAAGAGUGGGAAGGGAAAGAAGAAGUCUAAGCCAGUGAAUAAGGAUCGAUACAUUUCUAAGAUGUUCCUCAGAGGAGAUUCAGUCAUCGUUGUGCUCAGAAAUCCUUUGAUCACAGGAAAAUGAACUGCUUGCUUUGUUUUUCUGGGGCAGUGAACUAUGAUUAUUGGAAACCUGGUUGUUUUACUUCUUGUUGGAUUACUGUACUAGUGGAACAGGUCUAUAGAUGUCUGGAUGCUUGCUUUGUCCCAAGAAAUCUUUUUCAGUUUAGUAAUAAAAAGGAUGAAUAGAUUCAA